UUUGUUCAUUUGCUGUAGAAGUGAGUAAUUUUGGUGAUGAAUCUGUUUGAAAUAGAUCAAGUUGAUCACAUGUUUUGUGAUGAUUCAGAUUGCGACUUUGCUCUCUGUAUGAAAUUAGAUAUUAGGAUAUGAAGAUCCUUGAUGAUUCUGGACUUAGUUGUACUCUGAUUUUUGUUCUUAUUUAGUUGAUUUAUUCAUUUCUUUGUUUUCGUCACUGAAGGAUCGGUUUUCGUUGGCAUUGUGCCUAAAACCGAUGAAAUUAGAACAUUCUAAAGCUGCAAAAUCAGUUUUUCUUUUUGUUUUUUCUUAUUGAGUUGGUUUGUUCAUUUCUUAUUUAUUCAUUACCGAAGGAUCAGUUUGUGUUAGCAUCGUGCUUAAGCUGAUGAAUUUAGAACAUUUUAAAGCUGCAAAAUCUUUUUCUUUGUUAUAAUGUUGUGUAGUUGGAUAAUAUAGACUUAAUAGGUCUGCGAUAUGAAGAUCCUUGAACAAUUAACUUAGAUGUAAUUCAGUUUUUUCUUUGUUAUAAUGUUGUGUAACGACCGAGGAUUGGAUGUGUAGUUGGAUAAUAAUAGCUAAGAUAUGAAGAUCCUUGACGAUUCUGGACUUAGUUGUACUUUGAUGAACAAUUUUAUCCGAACUUAUGAAAAAUUAUUAUGAAUUUAAUACAGGAUUGAUUUAUUCAUUUCUAUUUUCUUUUAAUUACUUCUUCAAAUGUGUUGUGGAAUUCAAAAGCUAGUCUCCACAACACAUUUUAUUUAGAUUCUUACACUCUCGAAGAUGAUAGAGAAAACGAAUCUGUGAAUACUAGCCAGCAUACAAAAUAGUGGAAAAUUUCAUAUUUGAAGAACACACAAAGAAAAAUACAUCAAUACUAUUCCUAGAGCACACAAAAGAAUCCUUCAAUCAUAUCAGAACUGGUACGAGCAUGAUCAACCCGACAAUAACCAAAAACAAGAAGGUAUUCGAGUCCUUUUCGUUGUAUUUGAGUUCAAGUAAUCCGAAAGAUUCAAGAACUUGGACUGAAAAAAUAAAGACAAGGGUGCAAACAAGAAUGAUUGAAAUAAAAAUGGUUUGCAAAACGAUAAAGGUGGAGAUAAGUGGGAAGAAGGAAUUUCUGAUAGAUUUAAUAGAUGAAACAAGGUUGAUAGGUCUAUCAUGGAAUCUCACUCUUACCAUUUUUAUACACUUUCAAUCCUCUUUCUUUUGCCUAUCUUUCUAACUCUGGUUAUAUAUCCUUGUUUCCACCUCGCCCUCUUUCAUCCCGAUUAUCAUUUCACUAGUUUCACUAAACUUCAACCCCAUAUAUCCCUUUCCAGCUUUGAAAUUAUUACACCCUUAGUAUACACUUUGUUCACCGUCCUGUUAUUCCUUUGUGCCGUAGCCACAAUUACAUAUAGCGCGGUUCAUGCAUACCAUGAUAGACCUAUAAACCUUGUUUCGUCUAUUAAAUCUAUCAGAAAUUCCUUCUUCCCACUUAUCUCCACCUUUAUCGUUUCGCAAACCAUUUUCAUUUCAAUCAUUCUAGUUUUCACCCUUGUCUUUAUUUUUCAAGUCCAAGUUCUUGAAUCUUUCGGAUUACUUGAACUCAAAUAUGACGAAUGAAUCUUUCGGAUUACUUGAACUCAAAUAUGACGAAAAGGACUCGAAUAACUUCUUGUUUUUGGUUAUUGUCGGGUUGAUCAUGCUCGUACCAGUUCUGAUAUGGCUACAGGUAAACUGGUCAUUAGGUUAUGUGAUAGCAGUUGUUGAAUCAAAGUAUGGUUUCGAAACACUGAGGAAAAGUGCUUAUUUAGUAAAAGGGAAGAGAGGUGUAGCUUUGUUAAUGAUGCUUUUAUCCUGGCUUAUGAUGGGAUUAAUGGUGGUUUGUGGUUCAAUGUAUUUAGUCAUGGUAGGUGCAGCUAAGGGUAAUGAAUGGAGGAGCUUGGGGGUAAUAUUGCAAACUAUGCAGAGUUCAGUGAUGGGAUUACUUAUGAUGAAUCAGUAUCUUGUGGGGAACGUUGUUUUGUAUAUGUAUUGUAAGGACUUUAAUGGUGAAAAAAUGCCCUUGGAGAUUGGAGACAAGUUCGCUGGAGCCGGUGAGUAUGUAUCUCUGCCCUUGGAUGAUGAGAAGAAUAACGGUAAUGUGUAAUGGUUAUGAUCUAUUGUAUCGUAUUGUUACUUUAAAUGUGUGUGGUGCUUGGUGUUAAUUGAGGAGGUGUGUGCUAAA